CACUGUUGCCGGCAUCAUUUCAAUAUCCGAGCAGAAAAAAGACAUGGUCUACUGGAAUGAAGUGGCAGAAAGAAGAAAUUCAGUCUUCAAGGAUGCAUUUGAUGAAAUAUCAAAGGUACUUUUCCCAAGUUACGACUACUUACCUCAACGUCUUAAAAUGAUUUUUCUAUUUAUGGGAGUUUUUCCUCGGGAUUACGACACCCCCACUUCCAAGAUCAUCAUUAUGCUCAUGGCUCAAGGGUUGCUUUCCUGGUAUAAGUCGGGAUGUACGUAUCUGAAAGAGCUAGCUUACGACUACAGGCUUGUUUUACGUAUCUUGAAGAGCGUUGAUAAAAAUCAUUUUGAGUCUCAAGUUGCUGAGUUUAAAAGUUGUUGGCUUCAUUCUUCGUGGCGCCAUGUGUGUAGAGAAGAAGCUAGUUUGAACAAGUUUUAUCAUGUCUUAAAUAAGUUAACUGAUGCCGAAGAAGAAGUUCUAAAAGGUCAGCGCGGCUUAUGUGUCGAAAAUAACAUUUUAUUUGGCAUCAAAGACUUUCGUGACUCAGUGAGAUUGAACUGUGCAUCAUUUGCACGUUCUCUCCUUUUCUAUGGUCCUUACCACCAAUAUCCAAUCCAUAUAGACGUCGGUUUCAUGUUGCUAAGGGAAAUAGAUGCCCUUACACAACGUUUUUAUACUUUUCCAACAGAGAUUCUUACACUAGUCCAACUAAAGUACCUUACUCUAACUUGCAAUGGAGAAGUACCUUCAACCAUAUCUAAACUUUUCAACCUUCGAGUCUUGAUUAUCCAUCCGCAUAUGAAAAUUAGACGUCGUGGAGCUCCAUCAUAUGUACCGAUGGAAAUAUGGGACAUGAAAGAGUUAGAGCAUAUCGAGAUAUUGGGAAAAAGCCUUGUAGCUCCAUCUCAUGUUGUUUCAUUGGAAAAGCUCACAACUUUGGUAGGGGUGAAUGCUAGUAUUUGCACUAUCUUGAAACUCUCCCAAAGAAUUCCUAACAUAAAGAAGUUAGGAAUACAGAUUGAGCUCACACCUUAUGAGGAUCAUAAGGAUUUUUUGAGUUGCUUUGAUUUCAUUUCAACGCUUGAAACCUUAGGGACUCUAAAACUCAGUAUCACGAAUCCAGUCAUCAAGAAAGGUAAUGUUUUCCCAGUGAUUGAUGGGGCACUGACGUUGCCAUGUAAUUUAAAAAAGUUACAUUUGAGUGGUAUGGGAUUUCCAUGGAAAUACAUGGAUGGCAUUGUUUGUUUGCCAAAUCUUGAAGCUCUCAAAUUGCGAUCCUACACCUUUCAGGGUUCACAUUGGAAUAUAGAUGAUUAUCGUUUUCCGUGUCUUAAGUUUCUUCUAAUUGAAGAAAGUGAUUUGGUGCAAUGGGAAUCAAGAUACAAAAGCUUCCCCGAGCUUAGAAACCUAAGCCUGAAACAUUGCUACAAACUUAAAAAAAUCCGCAUACCUUCUCUUUUUAACCACGGUAUCACAGAAAUUGAACUAGAGGACUGCAAUCCUUUAGCUUUGACUUGGGCCACCCAAUUACAACCAGGUUAUGGUGCUACGCUUCGUGUUACUUCCUCUUCUUUUUUUGAUGAGAAACCGACAACUAUCAAAUUUGAAAGGUAUGGAUAUGGUCGACCUGUCUUCAUUAAUCGGGCUACGAAGGAAGCAAAUGUUGUUGAAGAAAUUGCCAAUCGAGAAGAGGAUGACGAAGGCAUUAUAUACUCUCCCGCCCACAACCAAUAGUCAUGUUUUUGUCUGACCACAAAAAUUAAACCAUUUCAUUUUUGUCGUCUAGUUCACUACCAAUAGUAUUGGUAGUGAACGAAGAUGGUGCAGAUGAAGAGGAAGGUGGUGUACAUUCGUUUGAUUCUGAGGAUAUGGAGGACGAGAGUAACGGUGAAUAUGAAUAUACGCCCGAUCAUGAAGAUACGGAGGAAGAGAGUAAUGGUAAAUAUACGCCCGAUCAUGAGAGUACAUAGGAAUCAGCUAAUGAUGAAGAAAUCCAGUUUUGAUUUGCAGGAGAACUCUUUAAAGCUUUGAAUUGGCUGCUACAAAGUGAAGACACUGUUCUUCUCCUUUAGUACUGCUAGUGCUAAAACCACCUGAAAACAAAUCAUGCAUAUGAGAUUUUGACAAUUGCUGUCCCUCUUCAACCGGCUACUGAAGCAGAGGUUGUUCCUGCUAACGAUGUAAUUUAUAGCAUCCUCAUUGACGGCCUUGCUAAGCAGGGGAGCCCGGGGAAGGCCUUAGUAUUUUAUACAAGAAUGUUGAAGGUUGGGAUUUGUCCUGAUGUGAUCACAUUAACCAUUCUGCUUAAUGUGUUAGUCUCUGCAGGAAGAGUGGGAGAGGCAUAUAAGUUAUUCAGAGAAAUGAACUCUGAGGGCAUAGAUCUCGAUAACUAUGUGUAUACCUCAAUGAUAGCUGCAUUCUGUCGGAAUGGAGAUAUGACGAAGGCAUGGAAUCUGUUCCAAGAGAUGAUGAGGGAGGGUGCCUCACCUUAUGUUGUUACAUACACAUGCCUAAUUGAUGGAUUUCUCAAGAUUAGACGCACGGAAUAAUAGGGGAAUAAUAGGGGAAUGUUGACAUAGCUCAGCAUCUAUUCGUUGAAAUGAAAAAUAGGGGAAUAAUAACGGAUGAAAUACCUUUAGCACAUGAGGACGCUAAAUAGGAGCAUGACUGAUUCUAUUGUGUCGUAACUUUACUGCUACCUGUGGUUUUCAUACUGCAGAUGUCAGUUUCAUCUCAUCUUCUAAUCUAGCUCAGAUAGCUGUGCUUUCAAUAUGUUUACUUGUUUUAUGUAUUUCUUGCAGCAAUUUGCUUACUGAGCUCGGCAGUGCUGAAUAUUGUGUUAUUGGCGCCAACAGACUUGCACUGGUUCGUUGUGCUCUGAGGACAAUUCGAGCUCAGUGUUGACACAAGGAGAGUGAUCAAGAGCUCCAAAUGAAGUGAAGUGCCGCCAAAAACCUGCAGAUGUCGCUGCACUCGUUAUGCAAUAUGGUCUCUUACAAAAUACGGAGACAAAGUAGAUUAUCAUGGGGCAGGUUCUCUUCCAUCUUAUAUGGUCAAGCAUGGGAAGCCUUGCAAGAGUGCCGCUUGGAUAUAUACUAUGGUGAAACGCCGUGUCGUAUAAAGCUUGAUGUGGCAGGAAGCUAGAUUCUUGAGACGCAUCUUCUCCAACGCAAGAUUCUGGAGUUUAAUCGUCUCAUCUGUCCUAAGCCUCUUCUUUUGGUUGUGCCGACAAAAUUGCUACAUUCGGGAAGGGUUGGUUUUCUGCUAACUGAACAUCAUUUGUUUGAUUAUUUAGUUAAUCAAGUAUUUCACUAAUUUUUUUCACUAUUUCUUAAAAUAUGCACGGUCAUAUAUGAGACAUUUAUUUUCGGAUCGGAGGAAGUAUAUAUUACCUUGAUUCAUGAAUCCACGAACCUUGUGGCGAAGAAAUUUUGUCUAAGUUUUAAUAAUUGGUUAGGUGAAAGAUGCUUGGAUUCAA